AUGUCCAGAAGCCGAGUCGAGUUCGGCGAGAGAGAGUAUAUCAGGGAGGCUCCGCGCCGUCCUCCCGCGGAUUUCGAUGAGGUUGACAUCCGUGUGCGUGAGCGGGAAGACCGCCUGCCGCAUUUCAUGCGCGAGGAGAACAGACGGGCCGAGCCGGGUCAGUUGGUCCUCAGACAAAGGGAGGUCGAGACCAUCGAGAGGCCGCGUCCGAGGUCACCCAGCCCGGUGCGGGUCCGGGAGCGCAUAGUCCAGCGGGCCAGGAGUGUUAGUCCCCCGCCGAGGCGACUGGAUGAGGAGGUGCGCUUCCGUAGGGUCGUGAGGGAGCAGAGCCGUGGGCCCACUGAGAGAAUACGCUUUGUUCCUCAGCGCUCGCGCUCGCCCUCUCCAGAGGUCCAGGAGCGUAUCCGGAUCGUCGAGAGGGAGAAAGAGCGCGCUCCGAGCCCGGCUCCCCCUCCACGGCCCCCAACACCGAAGGUCAUCAAGGGCCCGACAAUUGAGAGAGAGGUGAUUACGCACUACCGGGAUAUUGACCAUGGAAUGGUGGUCGCUCGCCCUCCUUCGCCGCCCCCCGCGCGUCGCGCUGCUCGUGACACUGAGAUUGACAUCUACACGUCCCGCGGCCAAACAGAGGUCGACAUCCACAGGCGGGCUCAAUCCCAAACUCGCCGGAGGUCGCCUUCCCGAGAACGGCCGCUACGGCUGCCAGUCCAGGCCUACGACGACGAGGUGACCGUUCGGGCGGACCGUAGGCACUUGGAGGUCGAUAUCGAGCGCCGGCGGAGCGUCUCCAGGGGACCACAACGACGUGCGCAAUCAGCAGCCCCGCCAAGUCUCGACUACGAGGACGAGGCGUUCGAGAUCACGUCCAAGAUUGACAAGCGGGGCAAGAUGGGCGAGGCCUGGAACGGCAUCACGAAAGACUGGGCUAUCAUUGACGUGCCGCCGGGAACGGAGCGAGUGCGCAUGGAUGGCGCCGGCGGCGCCUCAGCCGAGGUAACGUGGCAGAAAUACAGCGGUGUGCGCCGCACCAAGUUCAUCCCCGAACGCGAGGAGAACUCGGUAGUGUCGUCCUCCACGAGCGUCUCGGAGCUUCGUGCGCCGCCCGCAGACCGCAACGAGCGGCGGCUGAGCGUGCACGUCGUCGACAAGGAUCGCGACGGCAGCAGAAACCGCGAGGUGGAGGUCGAGAAGGUGACAGAUCGCCGGAUUGCCAUCCGCAACUCGACGCCUCCCCCGCGCCGUAGCGAGACGUGGACAGAAAUCACCAAGGACCUGGUCUGCCGCGAAGCGAUUCAGGAAAUGGGCUACGAAUAUGAGGAGACCGAGUUCUUCUACUACAUCGUCGAGUACCUAGCCUACGAGGACGUCCUCCGCCUAGUCCAACUCUCCGACCGCAUCCGCGCCGCCCGCAAGGAACGCGCCCGCGAAAUUGCCUACGAGCGCGAGUGGCGCGACGACUGGGAGCACCGUGGCCAUCACCAUCACCGCCGCUCCCGCUACUCGGUCGACUACGAGGACGAGCGCGUCGUCGAGCGCGAGAUCGUCUAUGAUUCCCGCCAUCCGGGCAAGGGGUAUCGCCACUAG